AGGGCACAGAGGGGGCAAGGUGCACUGAAGAAGACUAAGGCAUCUUGUCUCAAGUUUCAGCUGUACUGCUUGUGUGCAACUUCUCUGCGACGUUGAACGCCUCGUGUGUGCAACUUCUUCGCGACGUUGAGCAUAAGUUGGUACAUUGACAAAGAUGGUUCCGCUACCUCGGCUUCUCGACGCCGCUGCGCUCGUGAUUGCCGUUCUCCGGCAAUCGUGUGUGAUCCAGGAGAACGGUGCGACGCCUUCGGUGUCCUUCCUGCAGAAUCACAGUACCGUGUGCGUCCAUACGGAUAACCCGCUACUGCAACAAGGUAUGAAGUUGUUUCAUUUGCUGUGUGUUUCUCGAUUCAUUGUAAUGUUGCAGUCCCGUAUAUGAGUAACUGUUUCUUGAGCAUGCAGCAGAAAACGAAAACGUUUUUCUCUAUGAUGUGACAGUGCCUUGGGAAUCCGUACUAGAAGUAGUAACCUUCUCAACCCCAGGAACGCGCCUAGCGACCAAAAUUUGUUGAACUCAAACACAAUAGGUCCGCGCGAUGCGCGGUUCAGCACUGUGUCCCCCAGCUUGUUGAAGGUUGCCUCAGCACUUUUGACGACAGCGUCCACCACCACCCCGUUGUCUUGGUCGACAGCCACUACGCUUUCCCCGGUCACUUCUUCGGUUUGGACUGCCAGCCAGCACCGCAACCCCGUAGCCACCGAGGAGCACGCACUGGAAACCUCCAUGCGGUACCUGCGGGGCCUGCCUAUGUCGCGGCCGAGUGACUGGUUCCUGCGCCCCGACCGAUUUGAAGCUGAUCUGCGUGGACUAGUUCGGCUGUUGCAAGACGGCGUGGAGUCGGAUACUGGAGUGAAUUUGCUGCGGAAGACCCGACUUGCGACGGUAUUCGGCUGCAGCUCUUUUCUGGAUAGUUUGUUGUUCUUUUCUGGCAUAGUUUUACGUUCCGAGCUUCGAAGGAGACAAGUUGAACCAAAGAGCGGUAACCUCGUCGCUUUCCCGACAGCAGAUUCGCGUUGUGAUCAUGUGUGCGCUCGGUAUCAAUACACGAAUGUUAUCGUAUUCCGCUUCUUUCUGAAUCUGAUAUUCAGGUACACGACACUGCCGACGCGCGCGUGACCUUGAUCCGCAAAGACACGCCGCCACAGACCCGGUGUAUGGGUGAGUGCGCCAUUGGUGCGAUCGCCGUGUACUGGGCGUGUGCCCUGGAGUGUGUGCACAAACUGGCCCCCAAUAGCUGCAUCACGACGGUGUGCCAGGGCGUGACGGCGGGCGCAGAGGCGAGUUGCCUGAAGUACUGCAAGGAUCACUACCCGGAUCCCUACCCAAUCGACACAACGACGGUCACGACAACGGCAUCAAGAACCGAAGGCACAACCAGUGCCGCGCAGGUCGACGAGGACGCAAUGGUAGUCUAGAGGUCGUAGUUCCAUCGGUAGAGGCGCUUCGUAAGAGGUUAAAUAUCCGAAAUCUGUAUGGCAACUCAGUAGGUAGUAGAUAAGGCACUUCAACAGAGCACGUGUCAUGACGAAAUGCAGACCGUGUCUCUGAGUGAAUCCACUAGAGAAUACAGGAUGUGUCAGCCCUUCCUUUUGCACUCGACAGAUUGCUUUCCUUCGCAGGAGUCGCAUCGGUUGGGCGAUUGGAGUGGGCUGAAAAGUGUACAUAGACUAUAUUUGUGUAUUGGUCGUUUGCUCUUUGUCACCGGUAUACGUUCACUACUUCUGCCGCAGGAAAGUGUUGCCCUGCUGUAAAAACAUUCUGGACACUCCAAAAAUGAAGAAAGUGGUCUUUCUAGAACUUUCCUGAUGUGUUGCUGCGGCAGCGGAGCUCACUACUACUGCCGCUGCGGCUUCGCGAUUGGGUUGGAACAUGAAGGGAUCCUCUUCUCAUCCAGGGGCAGGCUUCGUUACGAUUUGUUGUUCGCACUAGGCGAGGUCGUUCUCGUUCCUAGAACAUUUGUUAGCAGAUAUUUAUGGCGGAAAUCUCCAGAGGAGAGUUGCUUUCUUGUGUAGCGUUCUAUGUAGAAAUUAUCUUGUUUGCAUUGCCUUUUCUAACCUUGCAGUUAUGUUAGCCAAACCUAUCUUUUUCUUGUGCUUUCUAUCUCGAUGUGCAUGUGCGUUGGAAUUGCUCGGAAAUUGCAGCAGUAGCAGACCGACUUGCGCGAUGGAUCGCAGGCCGACUUGAAGUCGAAGGAUGCCCACUUAUUUCUCGACUAGGUCGAAAUUGCAAAGGGAGACCUUCGUAAGGCUGCCAUGUGUCUUAUAGGACCCAGCACGCUAUCACUAUCGGCAACUCUUUGUGUACGUAAAUGCAUUCGAUAGGGACGCACUGCAGCUGUUGGCCUUCAAUGCAUCGCACCACAGCCAAGGUGGAGGGGCGCAGCUGCAAAUGUUGCUGCCCCGGAGAGUGAUACAGCGACCCAAUUAUAACACGGACGCACUUAAUAUCAGAUUGCGUACGCGCAGUGACUUCUCGUAGAGCGCUAGUUCCUAGAACACGCAAUAUCUGAGCGUCAAUUGCGGAGGGGCAUUCCGUUAAGCCCCGUUUCCUAGAAGCCGCAACGUGUUGUAAGUAACAAGAGUCGCAGUGGUGUCAGUAUCUAUCAGCUCUGAGAACAGACCGAACCUCAGCUGCCUACUAGAAACCUCGCCAGCGCUGCCGCUUACAGAAAUGUAGCAGGUCCUUCUAGUGCAACUCUUCUGGUGUGUCGCUGCGGCAGCGUCGUUCAUCACGCCGCUGCGGCUUCGCAACUGGAAUGGAAGCUGAAAGGAGCCUCUACGUGUCGAGUUGCGGGCGUUGGUAUGAUUGUGUUGGCAGUAGAAGAGGUCGCUCCAAGAACAUAGCAGAUGUGUGAGGUCUAUAUUUCCAGAGGAGAGUGUCUAGCACGUGCUCGAAGCUAGUCUUUUUGCUGCCAUAUUUCUUGUUUUUUUGCUGCUAUGCACUUGCAGAAACUUCUUAUCUCGUUAUCUUUCAAACGUAUCGCUUCGUUUUGCCUCAAAACCACCUUCUUUUUGUCUGUAUUUCCUCAAACUUUUCUUUCUAUCGCUCUGUAAUGUGGCACUGUGGGGCAACUGCAGCAGACCAACUCGCGCUGCAUCGGGAACUAUUUGUGUAAAUGCGAGCGCUGGGGUCGGGCUGUGACGGUUGUCUCUCAAUGCAUUGCAGUGCCUCAAAGGAGCAGGGGUGUAUUUGCAAGAAUUUGCAAGAACCCCCCUAGAUCUAUCAAGCGCUCCAAUUACACAAAUGUGUUUGAUAUCGUGAUCUCCCAAAAUAGGGAACGUGCGUUGCACUUUCGCGCUAGAAGCCGCAGCAUAUAAGAAGCAGCGAAAGCCGCACUGCUAUCAAUAGCGACCAUUUUCUAGAACAACAACAAGUACUCGUAACAUAGCCACCGCAAUGUUUUUAUCGUGCUCGCGCGCGACUGCUCAUGUCAGUUCUUUUUUGCCAUUCGGAUUUUGACCUGACAGUGCACCGCCUGUGGUCAACAGACACUGCCAAGGUCUUCGUGCACCUUGCCCCCUCUAUUAGAAAAUGAAAAUCGGCGGACGGUUCCGGCCUGACCCGGACAAGAAACGACUUCGCUACGCUAUGCCCCAAGUAGC